AUGAGGGAAAAUGAGAAUGACCAGACUCAGGCUAGAAGUAAAACUGCUGCAGUUAAUGAUAUGAAUGGAUUUAAGUCUCUUUCUGGCAAUAAGCACCUUAAGAACAAUGGAAAUCACACCUCAUUUUUGCCUAGAAAAGUACUUCAGUCACUCAAUCCAUCAGUUUACAGAAAUGUUGAAUAUGAAGUUUGGCUACAGUCAAAACAGGAUCAGCAAAAACGGGAUUUUUCCAUUGCUGCUGGCAUGCAGUAUUCAGUUGGAGAUAAAUGUAAAGUGCGCUUAGACCACAAUGGGAAAUUUUAUAAUGCCCAUAUCCAAGAGGUUCGCUCUGAGAAUGGCCCAGUUAUUGUUUUUGUAGAAGAGCUUGGAGAAAAGCAUGCUGUCUCACUGAAAAGCCUUAAACCACUUCCACAGGCAUCUCCUAUAGAGGGCUGGAAUACUGUGUCAGGGAAGAAGAUAAAAAAGUUCUCUACAGCAUGUGGGCAAAAUGUUCAGCCUGAAGCAGACUGCAGAGGGCCAAAGAAUCAAAGCAAGCCAAUAAAAACCCAGUCAGUGCUACCUCCUCGACAACAGUAUGCUGUGGGAUCCAGACAGCAUCAGUUCUCACAGUCUCAGCAGACAUCUACUGAGCACAAAACUCCAGGCAGGAAUCCCUCCCAGUCUGUAAGAAAACCAGACAGGGAGAGAGCUGAAGAUCUGGACUACAUUAGCAGAGAUUGUUACUACUUUGGCCUGUCCCCAGAGGAACGCAGAGAGAAGCAGGCCAUAGAAGAAUCUCGCUCACUUUAUGAGAUUCAGCAAAGGGAUGAACAAGCUUUUCCUGCUCUUUCUGUAUGUAUGCUUCACUCCGAGCUGUUACUGAGAAAAGAAACAGCAGGGGGAAGGCAAAUAUGGAAGAGCCGAAAGGAUAAAGAUUCAAAUUCCAGGCAGGUCCACUUCAGUCAGAAGUUUGAGUCAAAUUCAUCUGAGAAGAAUGGUGGAGAUGACAAGUAUCCACAAGCUUCAUCUCCUUCGAAACAAGAGAAGACACAAUCUCAAUCUCCUGCUGAACAAAACCUGACAGAACACUUACCAUGUGUAAAUCCAACUCCCCCUCCACCCUUCUCUGAGAUGCAUUUGCCUCCGACAGUGCCUUCUAUUACAGCCAUUGUGCCAGCCUGGCAAAAUGAGCCAACUUAUCGACCAACAGGUUUUCCAGCCCAAAUACCUGCUUCAUUGAUGCCGGCCCCGACAACUGGACCUGAUUCUGUUGUAUCCCAGGCAACAUCUGCUCCAGUUGCCGGAGUUCCUGUGUCAAUACAAGCAGUUAACCAGCCUUUGAUGCCUUUGCCUCAGUCACUGAAUCCUUAUCAGGACCCAUUGUUCCCUGGAUUCCCUUUUAAUGAAAAGGGGGAGAGAGCCAUUGCACCACCUUAUUCCCUUUGUAAUACUGGGGAUGAUCUGCCUAAAGAUAGAAGUAUUCUUCGAUUUUUCUUUAAUCUUGGUGUGAAGGCAUACAGCUGUCCCAUGUGGGCACCACAUUCUUAUUUGUACCCUCUGCAUCAGGCCUAUCUAGCUUCUUGUAGAAUGUAUCCAAAAGUUUCUGUUCCUGUAUAUCCUCACAACCCUUGGAUCCAAGAGGCACCACCAACCCAGAAUGAAAAUGAAACUGCACAAACAGACAGACACUUUCCUAUGCAGAAUGAGGCCAGAGUCGAUGAUCAGAGUCUGGAAGCUGACAGUAGGUCUCCAUCAUUGCCUCUGAUUAUAUCUACAGCUCAAGUGUCAGAAAGUCAAGGACAGGUCUGUGUAGAAUCUGAGAACCCAGUGCAAGCUCUUCAGUCCGAUCAAGAUGAGUCAGUGAGAGGAAAAAACAUGUUCCUGCACCCACCAUUUGGACACAAUCAAUUUUUAGGAGCUGUUCCAAUAACACCUCCUUUUUUCCCUCACUUUUGGUAUGGGUACCCUUUUCAGGGUUUUAUGGAAAAUUCAGUAGUGAGAUCUAAUGUUAUGUCACCUGAGGACAAAGGGGCUGCUGUUAGCCCCUCAGCAAAUAUAUAUCUGGCCAAAGAAUGCAGUUCUCCAGUUCCAGUAGCAAGCUGUGUGGAGCAUCUUCAGAAGGUAGAGAGUGAAAGUAACUCCAGUGCCAUACCUCUCCCUAGGGCUAGUUUGAGCAGCGAAUGUGAUGUUUUGAAUGAAACCUCAACCAGGGUGCCUAAGAUGGAGCAAAUAUGUACUGCUGUUUCUCCUGCAAAACAGGCGAAGGCUGUUCUACAAAAUCGUUCUACACAGAUGCAGGGGAUCGAGCGGCAGACAGUGGUGUCACAUGCUUCACCAUCAGUAACAGAGCCACCAAAAAAUGAAAUGAAAAGUAAUAUUCCUGGUCAUAAGGAAAAGCCAGAGAAAGCCAGAGAUUCCAAGGCUACUGAUAAUUUACAGGCCAACUUGGUAGAAAGCAGGGUGCACAGAACAAGGGAAGAGAGCUCUGAAGAUGAAAAUGAGGUGUCUGAUAUGCUGAGAAGUGGUAGAUCCAAGCAAUUUUAUAAUCAGACUUAUGGCGGUGGCAGAAGGCCAAGAAAUGAAUGGGGCUACCCAUCUAGUAGGGGAGGAUACCAGUACCCAAGAAACGAAGAAGCUUGGAAAGGACCACCCAACAGAAGCAGAGAUGAAGGUUACCAGUAUCACCGGAAUUUUAGAGGGAGGCCAUAUAGAAAUGAUAGAAGAAGGGCAAUCAUGGGAGAUAAUCAGAGGGGGCAUCUAGCAUAAGCAUGUCGUCUUAGAAAGUUUCAAAUGCCAAUACAAAUUUCAAGGAGAGACUUCUAAAAUCUUCCCAGCUUUUUCUUUUGUUUUAAGAUAGGGAACACUUGUAACCUCAAAGUAAGGCCUGGGGGGGAAACGAACUCCUAGUCCUAGCAUUAAGUUUCAUGGCAAUUAAACAUUGUUUCAGUUUAGGAAUUUUUUCAAAUUCUGGAAGUAGAAAAUUUGUUGUUGUUUUAAAGUAUAAAAACAGUACAGUUUAGUACUGAAAAUUUUCCUUAGAGGUUUCAGUUUGUGGUACAAUAAAAUGAUAAAUAUUAAAAUGUUUACUGGAAUGACACAAAUAUAGUAUUUGACGUGAUCUCGGUUCUAAAACUGAUGUAGUGUUGCACCAAAUAUAAAUGUAUAUUAUCAUACAAUGCCUUAGUUUCUAAACUGAGCUAAAGGAGUACUCAGCCUGCCACACUGUUGUUUUUGAUAUGCUUCCAACCCAAAGGCCUUUCAUCUCAAAAUCUGUCAAACUUGAUGUUUCUCUUUAAGGUGUUACAUCUAUGGCAGUCAGCUAACUGUGUCUUAGAUAUGCUGUAUAUAAUUCUUUUAAUAUUCAUAGGUAUAUUUUUGAAUUUUAAAAGCAGUUGGUGAAAUCAAAAUUGAGACAAGCAGUCAAGAAUAGCUGUGUGUGAAAUCGAUAGGAAAUUAGUGGAAUGACUGUUUCCAACCAAGAAUUCUUAACACGGUGUGACUAUAAUGGUGCCUAUGCCAAUUAAAUAUUUACAAUAGACAUAUAAAAACGUAGAUGCUAUGCAUUUCCAAAAUAUUCUGCAUUCUGUUAUAAUAGCAGAAUUUUUUAAUGCCACUUUAACACUAAUGCACUGACAAAUCCUAAAUAUUUUGUGAGCAGAGAUGCAUAAAAUACAUGUUACAUUUUUUUUUAAGUUUGUAUGAUGAGCUACUGUUGAUCUUUUUUGUUGUUGCACUGUUGAUGCAAAUUGGUUAUGCUUUGCAUGUACAACUCAUUGCUUGAACUACUUUUUAAAAACAAGACGUGGGUUUUCAAAUAUAUUCUCCAGAAUCAGAAGAAAGCGGCUUCUGCCUUAUAUUUUUACACUGUGUCAGACGUUCUGAUUGCUGUUUCUUCUGACUCUAGAUGAUCUCUGCAGUGUUCCUGAUUAUUGCCUUGCAGUUGGGAUAUUCAGCUAUCCAAACUCAGAGAGAGUGCAGUGUGCACACUAUUCACUCAGCUCUGUUGCUUUGUAAAAUUAACAGUUGUGUAUAUUUUUAUAUCUCUGUAUAUACCAGUGUAAAAGGUGAUGGUGCCCUUUUAUUCAUGUCUGAGAUUGUAUACCUUUGAUCAGGAAACUUGAGUGAUACUGUUAUACAUGUGAUGAAGCAAUUCUUUUCAGAUGCAUGCCAUGUAUAAAACACCUAAUUAAAAUAAAUGUUUGUCUGUUCACUUUUUUUUAACUAUAUAAAACCACUCUCAUAACAACA